CAUCCUUCAUUCAAAUUGUGGAAGAUUAUUACCUAACCGGUCAUGUCAUAGAUCGUCAGAAGGCGUCCAGCGUUUUAUCCUGCGUCCAUCUCUGCCUGAGAAGCCGUCCUCUUUGCCUCUCAGUGAAUUACAAGGAACAAGAAAGAACCAUGAUUUGUGAACUAAACGAUGAAGGAAUAGUAGGUGCUGGAGAUGAUACCUCUUCCCUUCUACCUAUGCGUGGAUUCAUCUUUGCACAGUUGUUUAAUCUCACGUCUCCAUGUUUCAAAUGGCCUUGUCAGAACAAUGGGAAAUGUGCGGUACAGUACGAGAAGAACAGUUACGUGUGCAUUUGCGCGAAAGGAUACACAGGGGAACAUUGCGAAACGGGCUGGACUCUUAUCGCUCGAUUCUCAAACAGCGAUGGCAAAAAUUGGAUGCGUGACGAUGGUAGAUGGUGGUAUGACCAGCAAAUUGCCAUUGGAGCGAUAAAUAACCCUUUAGUGAACGACGAUAUGAUUUCAACAGCCUUUUGGUCGGUCAGCGGCAGAGAAUUAAAAAUCACGCGUAGUGACGACCCUAGUCACACUCCUCUGUUACAGACCACAGGUAACUGUUUGGCUGGACAAACGUUCCGAUCUAAAAUCACAAGUUAUGGCGAUUUUAGAAAUGGCAAGGCCUGGGCCAUUGAUAAGUGUCUGGGAAGUUGUACGGUUCAAUAUGGCGGACAGUACAAUUCAACAGACGGGUUUCAACAGGCUGAUUGCAAUGGAGACAUCCAAAGCGCCAACAAAAUCGGCUUCUGGUGUGACAAUGGUAGUGGGGAUGGAUCAGUGAUGAUGAUUGGUGGGGGAGGAUGGAACUGUGCACGUGCUGAUCAUGGGAUUGGGAUCACAGAAACUGCCGCUGCUUCUUUCGUUGAAGAUGGUGGUAAUGAAACUGAAUAUGACUUUGGUUAUGAUGGUGAAAAAAAUAAAGCUCCAUCCCAGUCCUACUCGUUGAACUUAUGGAUUCGUUAA